AUGAAGAACCAGCGGGACAAGCUCCACCAAUAUCAACGACGCAUAACUGUACUCACCGAUCGCGAAACCGCUAUUGCCAAAGAGAUGUUAGCGAAAGGCGACAAGAAACGAGCUCUCCUAGCCCUGCGACGAAAAAAAUAUCAAGAAUCUCUGCUGGCAAAGACGGAUGCGCAACUCGAGCAAUUGGAGAAACUGACUAGUAGUGUCGAGUUCGCAUUGGUACAAAAGGAUGUUGAGGUGAGCGAUAUGUUGGGUGGGAUGAUGUCGAAUCAGGACGAAGAUGAGGUAGAGGAUGAAUUGGCUGCUCUGGAAGCGGAAGUUACAGGUGUUCCACUACCUGAAGUUCCUACGCCGGGUUUGCCAUUGAAAGAAUCCUUACCUGAUGUGCCAAGGUCAGAACUUUCGAGUAAAGAUCGGGCAAAAGCAAGACAACGUGAGCGCGAUGAACAGCAAGUCGCAAUGUUGGCUUAG